AUGAGCCAGCAGAAAGAAGAUUUAAUACUUGAACGGCGGCUUAGACACAUCGACGCUAUGCCCAAGCAAGACGCCAAAGACUACAAACUCAUGUUCAUGCUGCUAUCGUCUGCAUUCCGAACAUCAAUCUCGAAUAUUGGCGAGGAUCACAAGCCAUGGGUGUUCGAUUGGGGCAGCGGCAUUGAUGGACAGAGACUGUUUCGCAAAGGCAGCUCCUGGUUGGCGUGGUUCGUCCUGGCUGAAGGCUGGGGCCCCUUCUACAGUCAGUGGUGGAAAUUGCCGCACGACUUGCCUGAUACAAGACACUACAUCCGUGAUCGUGCACUUGCGAGGUGGAGUAGCACCCCACACAAACUGAUCGAUCACCAACGUGAGCAUGCGCGCAGGAUCCAGGAAGCCAUCAACAGUAAGGCAGCUGUCUCGACAGACUUUGUGUCGAUUAAUCCCAUACCAUACUUCACGCAGUAUGCAGAGCACCGACUAGCGAAAUGGAAGUCCGGCGUCCUUCCUGCAAAAGAAACCUUGUCGCAUGUGCCAUUCCACAUUGAGUUUCGCUGUCCUGAGGAGCUGGUCCAGCAGUAUCAACUGCUCGUACAAGACAAAGACGAUGCAAAGAAAAAUAACAUCGCUGCGAGGAGAUGA